CUAUUUGGGUUACGCUACCAUGACGCCAGCUCCAAAGGUUAUUUUUAAGUCUUGUUCUAUAUCUUUGUUCCCUUAUGAGCUACGAUUAUGAAAUUGUGCAUAGUGUGGGCGCUAUUUUCUGUGAAAAUUCGGUCGCAUAACAAUAAGCGGUUUUCGAGAAUGGCCUGGUGUACGCUACUUUGAUCAUCACGCCAUCGAUGUAACCAUGAAAACAGUAAUUAUUUCCUAAACUAGUGCCUUUUUUUAUUAUUACGCUAAUUAAACACUAUUUAUUAGCAUAAGUAGGACAUGACGGACACAGACCUAAGCCACAGCAGUUGGGACAUUAAUAGGCAGAUGGUGAUGGGCAGUGAAUAAGAGAGGAAGACUUUAUCGACUGUACCAAUUUACUAUUAUUUCGCAAUAAAUAAAAAUACAUCAGUCUGUUUUGUUGGAAUCUAAAACUUUUAUGAGUAUUGAAUAUUUCCCAAAGUGUCUAUACCUGGUAGAGUAUGAUAAACAAAUAUCGAUUUUUGUACUACUACUUAGGUAUCGAUACUUUUUGUGGCUCCCUAAAUGUAGUUUUCACGCAUUUUUCACGUCAGCUGCUGCCUUGCCUGUCAAAGUCAAAGAUUUAUCAUAAUGAAAUAGUAGUGUUGUUUAUUACUUUUGCUAAGUUUUAGAUCAUGGAUAUUUUGUUGCUUUGCUGACAAAAAUUUGAAAGAUAAUUCGAUACCAAUUGUUAAAAAAAUAUUCAACUGAUGGAUGCCAUUUAAAUUUUUAAAACAAUGAAAGCUUUUAAACUUAUUGUUCAUCAACCCAGUUUUAGUACUGCGGAUCUCAUAAUUAACCUGAAAGACUAUCCCGGACUUAAAGAAAAGGACAUUGUAGAGAUCUACCAUCCAGAAAAUGAUUACCCGCGAUUAUUAUUGCAAGUUACUAAAGUCGAAGUUCCAGCACGAGGAAGAGAAACCAUCAGUGUUGAACACAGCAUUGCAACAACAUUUCAGCUUAGAACAUUUGCUGAUGUUUAUGUCAAUAUUGUUAAUGUGUCUGAUGUGGCUUUGGACUCGGUGGAACUUACAUUUAAAGAUCAAUAUAUGGGAAGAUCUGAGAUGUGGAGGCUAAAAAAUCAUUUGGUCAGUACUUGUGUUUAUUUAAAUAAGAAAAUUGAAUACUGUGGAGGUGCCAUUCGAUGCCAGGUUUAUGAGAUGUGGUCACAGGGAGACAGAGUAGCAUGUGGUGUUAUUACUGAAGACACUAAGAUUGUGUUUAGAUCUUCUACAUCCAUGGUUUAUUUAUUUAUACAAAUGUCUUCAGAAAUGUGGGAUUUUGACAUUCAUGGAGAUCUCUACUUUGAAAAAGCUGUCAAUGGUUUUCUAGCUGAUCUAUUUGCAAAGUGGAAGAAAAAUGGCAGUAAUCAUGAAGUCACUAUUGUAUUGUUUUCAAGAACAUUUUAUAAAGCUAAAUCUUUGGAAGAAUUCCCACAACAUAUGAAGGAAUGCUUACAAAAGGACUAUAGAGGCAGAUUUUAUGAAGAUUUUUACAGAGUUGCCGUCCAAAAUGAAAGGUAUGAAGAUUGGUCAAGCGUACUUCUUCAGUUACGACGAUUGUUUACAGACUACCAAAAAAUUGUCUUACAAUAUCACGAGAGACCAAACAUCGAAAUCCCAACUGCAAUUAAUUCUACAGCUGCUCAAGGAAAUUUCCUGGAAGUUUUGAAUAUGAGUUUAAAUGUAUUUGAAAAGCAUUACCUAGACAGAUGUUUUGAUCGGACUGGUCAAUUGAGUGUUGUUAUAACACCUGGUGUAGGAGUUUUUGAAGUCGACAGAGAAUUGACUAAUGUCACUAAACAAAGGAUCAUCGAUAACGGUGUUGGUAGUGACUUAGUCUGUGUGGGAGAGCAACCUUUACACGCCGUUCCGCUACUCAAAUUCCAUAACAAGGAUAACAAUCUCAACUCAAUUGAUGACUACUCUAUGCCUCAUUGGAUCAACUUAUCAUUUUAUUCGACAAACAAGAAAGUCGCAUAUUCAAAUUUCAUACCCAGAAUCAAACUACCCCCAAGGAAAAGUCAGGAACCUCUGAAGAAAAUGUAUGAAGAUGAAAGUAAAGGGAAGUUAUUGAAGGAAGACGAAUAUAUGCAUAAUUCCAUAUUUGAUUAUGAUUCAUAUGAUGCGCAAGUAUUUCAAUUACCGCCUGCGCAUAGUACUUGUGUCCAAAAAAUUACUCGUACUAAAAAAACUUCAAUGGCAGGCUUGGAAAGCACAAGCCGAAGAAGCCCACCUGCUUUACAUCACAGAAAAAUGUCAGAUCCUGAUAUUCAUCACAGUUUGGGUGAUAUACUCUCAAACGGAGGCAAAUCUAGUAUUUACGACUCCAAUAGCGAUGUGACAGAUUCACCCGUCUCCAACAAUCGUUUGUCACCGAGAAGUUCAAUUUCUACGCAUAAACCAGUGAGGAGAACAGGAAGAGCACUCAUCAACCCUUUCGACCCUUCACAUGUGACUGUCAAACUGACAAGUAAUAGACGGCGAUGGACACACAUAUUUCCCAAAGGUCCAACGGGUGUACUCAUUCAGCAGCACCAUUACCAAGCCCGUCCCGCCGGUGAGCCCCCGUCGCGGCCAGUGCAGCAACGUGAUAACAACAAAGAUAACGGCUCCAUAGGGAACAAUAACCAUUCCAUAUACCAAGUGGAUGGUAACGUAAUAGGUCGUAAGCGAAUGAUAAGUACUUCUGGGGCGUUAGGUGCCCUAAAUACAACAUUAAAUACUCCGUCUACCACCAACAAUGCUUCGUUGGCGCUACUAUGGGGAGCAACGGGAGAGCAAGAGUGGACACCGGCCCUCACAACCGGUGUCGAUUGGAAGUCACUCACGAUUCCGGCUUGCUUGCCCAUCACUACAGACUACUUUCCCGAUAAGCGCUCUCUGCAAAACGAUUAUCUAGUCUCCGAUUAUAACCUGCUACCUGACGAUGUCAAUGCGGACUUCGCACAAAACAGAGCUAUAUAUAAGGACCCUCUCACUACCAUGGAGGUUUUCAAAGAACUGGUCUCCCAAAGAUUGGCACAGGGUUUCCAAUUAAUAGUUGGAGUGAAUGAAAACGACGUUAUCGAAGCACACUGCCCCUCCACAAAUGUUCCUCCUCCAUCGAAAGUGGCCCCUCAGAGCGGGAAAUCGAUCAAUGCUGCACCAACCAAAAGAUACCUCCUCUCUAUCGGCAGGAUAUUUCAUAAACUGACUCUCGUUGGCUCCACAAUAACUGUGACUAGGUAUAGACCGAGGCAUCCAUACCCACCGUUCAACAUACACUACCGUUAUCGGUUCCAUGCACCGAACCACGACACGUACGAAGUUUCGUGGGUUUCGUUCACAACAGAGAAACUGGAGACCUACAACUGGAACUAUAUGGACCACUACAUAUGCACCAGGGGCGACACUGACUUUGCUCUAGUCGAGGCAUUGAAAUACUGGCGGUUCCGCACCCUCCUACUGCCUUUAUACAAUCCGGCAACCAAACAAAUAUUGGAAGACGAGACCACUCAUUGCGACAUCUAUCCGGCGCCGACACGCCAAGACCUGGACCAUCUCACGGAGGGGUUCCUCAAAAUGACUGAACUAUACUUCAAUAAGGUCAAAAGACCCAAUAAGCAGAGGGGGGGUGUGUCGAGCUCGCCGUUCCGGGAGCGCGUGGGCAGCACCCGGCUGCCGGACCGGCCGCGACUCCGGGCCGAAGCUAUGGUAGCAGCAAAGACUGUGCUUGAGAGGACGCAGUCACAAACUGGUGAAUGUGAGGAUACCUACGAUGAUGGUGUGAUAGAGCCGAAGUUGAAAGCAAUCGUACCAUUAUCAGAGAUCAUUGAGCGCAUGCGUAGCUCAAAUCUGGGCGUGGGCUUCCUGCAGCAAACCGUCAGUCUUCCAUCACAUACUUUUGUAUCAAUAUACGCCAUACACUGGCUACAAGCCAAUAUGGAAGGAGUCACUUACGAAAAGGCCACGUCCAUCAUGGAGAAAAUGCUACAAGAGAAAAUGAUUUGCCACGCUUCCGGAGAUACAACAAAAAGAUUUGUCGUGGGUUAUUACAUGUAUCACAUUCUGCCGCAGAAGAAAGAUAAAGAGUUGACCGAUUACGUGAAGCCUUUGGGUGAUCUGCAAAGUUUCGAGAACGAAUGGAUGGAAGUAGAGGUAUUGGGACCGCGGUCUCCCCUACUCUCCGCGGAAGUGACGAGUGGCGCCAUCGAUAUAUCUGGCUCCAGCCCCCUGACUGACGAUACGGGGGUGCCGGCUUUCCUGUGCCACAAUAUAGACCCGAAUUACAUGCAAGCUGACAGCGAUAGUGACUUGCCACUAUAUAAGAACACACACCUAGACAUCGAUGUAAACAACAAAAGCGAUCGCAUAGAAUGGGGUCACGCGCGUUACCAGGCGACCUUCAGGCCAGACCAGGCCUACGAGAUGUGUAUACAGUGGGCCGUCGCCAGUGGAAACAUCGUCUCUGAGCUGAUUUUCGGAUGGGCGCGCAAAGCGCAGAACUGUCGACUGCAAAUGGUGCCAAUACCAGCGGAUCCGCUCGCUUUGCCCUUCACCUUAAAAUCGGACCCGCUAAGAGGUCCAAUCUACGUACCUCUCAACGAAGAACCAUUACUGAGGAACAAGAGCUCCCUGUUUGAAGGUUUUCCCGAAGACACUUGGUUGGAGCGACUAUUCCUCUUCCAAGAGGCUAUAGUUGGUCGUUUUGGUUUCAUAAAGUGCACAGUGGAGAGCACUUCCCACGCUGCUGGUGUGGGCGACCACCUUUACGUGCACGUCACUGGAAACAUGUUCAUACUCAUACCGACCACUGUGAAGUCAGAACAGAGGUCGUUGCGAGCAAAACCUGCGAUCAAACCGCUGAAUGCCAGCAGGUAUCCAGUGCAUUCUGAAGCCGCUCCGAGUCCCCAUGAAGGCUACAUCACCCGACACGUGAGCGGAAAAAACAAGGACGACUAUGAUAACAGUCGCCGGAUGGGUUUUUUGUGGUCUUGGAAUCAUAUGAUCUCAAAGAAAUUGAAAUAUUCCCAAGCAACAGGCGAUGAACAGUUCCAAAUCAGAAUGUUGCGCGACUUCAAGUUGUUUUGUGCAAACCAAGAACAAAGACUUAUUCAAUUUUGGGACCAGUGUUGGGAAUUGCAAGAAAAGGCUAAUGGUCUCCUCACGUCAUGUUAAAUAGUUUUAAGUCCAAUAAACAAUUCCUAUAAAUAAAUAAAAUUUUGUAUACUAAAAUAGUUUUAUUAUUUUGACCAAUUCUCAACAUAUCAUAGCAAAAAUCCAGGUUGCAAACCUAAAGCUUAUUUUCAGAAUAAAGGAAACAACACAGAUAUUGGAAGAAACUGUUUAUUGCUCACACAGAUUUAUAAAAAUAUGUUUAGUACCAAAACUUCCAUCUCUCCAUCCAAAUCUAUGAGGAAAUUAUUUUUUAUUUGCUUUUUUCAUACAAUAAUUUCAUGUAUUAUUAUCUAAAACAUUAAAAAUACUGCGUUUCAAGGCACCGUUUGUAAACAUACGUAUAUUAAUAAAUUACGUAUAAUAUGUGAAUCUAAUAAUUCCUCACAGAUAUUUGGAAUGCUUACUACCCUAUUUAAAAUCAGUCAAAUUAUCACUUUCAUCAAUCUAAGACGAACCCCUGAAAUUUAUAAUUUAAUUACUUUAUUCCAAACUAUAAUCUAUCUGCAGGUUACUACAUACCUAAUAUGAUAACAACUUUAUUUAUAUUGAAUUAUUAUUAAACUAUCAUACUCAUUCCAGAGAUAAUUGUUCUUUUUUAAAUAUUUACGAUUAUGGCACAAUUAAAUUAACAUGUAAUUUCCUUUACCAAAUACUACUGGGAGUUGUCUUAUUAAAAAUAUGCAAAUCUCACACACACUAUUUAUUUUCAUACACCAGCGCAAAAACAAAUAAAUUCACUAAAAUAGUAAACUUCCAUGCUGGCAGGUUAUACUUUCCUAAGUCACUAACCAAAUGGUAAAUGCCACUAAGUUUUAAGUAAAGAUUUAAUAAAGUUAAAAAUUUACUUUAUUAUGCUAAUUAUAAAAUAAAAAACUAAAAAAUAAGGCUAAACAAAACAAAAUUUUGUUUCAUAAUGUUAAUUUAAAGUACCUAAUUUAUAACAACUACUCAAUAAAAUGAAGUGGUAAAGAGGUUCAAUUGAGGUUUGAUAAUAAUGUUUCAAGUAAAACAUAUCGAAGUUGAUGCUAUAAAUAGGAUUUACAUUAAUUUUGUUAUACAUACUUUAUAAUAAAGCUGGCAUUUAUUUUCUAUAUUUGUAUAUUUUACACAACAUAAUUGAGUCAAAUUUAUGAUAUAUAUUGAAGUACUGAUAUGUAAUUUAAUACAAAAACAGUUAAAUUUGUAGUUAUGUUUGUAUAACAACACAAAUGUUUUAACAUAAAUCCAUGAAAAACAUAGUCCAUGAUCAAAUAUUAAAUAAGUAUGAAAUAUAUUAUGUAUGAAGUAAAAACAAAAUAACCAUAUUCUAAGAAACUAAAACUAUUUUAGAGGUUGGCAGUAAAGAAAUGAUGGUAGUUAAUACUAACAAGAAAUUAUUUGAGCUCAUUUUCCUACACAGACUUCUUAAAAGCUAUAAAAUAUAAAGUACAUAGAACUAGUUUUGUGCAGAACAUGAAGAUCAAUAAUCACAAUUUUCAUUGGUGGUACACAGCCCAAUACAGACAUGCACAUCAUUAUAUAAAAAACAUACCAAUACUAAAUAUAUGGUAAAAAGUUCUAAGUUAUGGAUUUUGUUGCAUAUUGAAUGAGAUUUCCUGAAUAAACUAUUUUGUUUAAAACAAUAUUUAUAUGAAUAGUCAUGGUGAUACAAAUGAUAAUUGCUCUAUAUAUUGAAUUGAUGAAGCCAGUUCAUCAAACAUAAACCUUAAUCAUAAUCUCAAAGUGCAUUGUGACAAAAAAUAAUAAUUUGUAUGUACUCAAUGUAUUAAAAAAAUCUCUAUCAAUAAACAUUUUGUAUCAAUAAAACUAGGGCAAACUCAUUUACCAAGUAGCCAUUAAAAACUAUACCUAGCAGUAGGUAAACCAAAGGACAUUAAUUAUUUUGUAAAAAUUAAAUUAUUUUCUUCCAAAAACAAGUAAACGGGUGAGCAUACUGGUAAGACAAGGAACUUGCUUCUGCUGAUGCAUAGUUAGUGUAUCUGGAGUGUUGGACUCAUAAUCUAAUGCUACUUUCUGACAAACAAAGGUCAGAAGAGUGAGUAUGUCUCUGUCAGUGCCUGAGUAGCGUAAUUCAUCACAAAGAGCUUGCAUAAACCAAGAACCACGAGUAGUAUUUCUCCAAGAAAAGUAUCCUGGCACAGUGGAGAACACUAUCAAGAAAUCAGCAUGAAUAGGAAUCCUGUAUUGGGUGCUAGAAGAACCAUCAGUUUCAGUACGAUUGAUCAGUGUAAUUCCUCCAUCCAAUUUAUCACCUUGGCAAGCUUGAAUGAAAAACAUUUUAGGUUUGCCUGCUAAGGAAGGGCACUUGUCAGCAGUAAAGUAAUACCACAAAUUAUCUGGUUUGUAAUGUGUAUCCUUAGCAUACAACAUACCCAUUUCACCAUGAGUAAGCACAGCAAUCAACAGACAAUCAGAAUCUGAGUGAUCCAUAUCUGCUGUCUGCUGAAUGUAUUUGUUUAUUUCUUCAGAUUUAAGAUUAUGGAAAACAGUAACUCGGAAUCCCAAGCCUCUCAGAACCUUAGACAGAUUGUCACUGUCGACAUUAGUGCCUGUGCGAGAUUUCAAGCUAUGGAUAUCAAAAUGUUCGUGGUUAAAAAUCAACGCCAUACCGCGAUUCUUGUGGUUCAUGUUGUAAUAUGGCGCAUUUCUAUCAACAGGCAUCUUGGCAUAGCGAUUUUUAUCCGAAGACCCUUGGCCACCCCAUGCGUCGCCCUCGUCGCCUCCGCCGUUUUCCCUUUGUUCUUGUUCAGCACCAUUGUUUCUUUUAAGUUCUUCGUCAGACAUUUCGGAAAGAUAAGUUAUUAUCAGUUGUAAACAAAAAAAACUCCUAUUUUACUAUUCACAGAUUUCCUAGUAAUUGAAACAAUUCCCUAUUUUUAUUUAACCUUGUAAAACACUAUUCAAAAUAAAACACCAUGCGAUUACGGAUUUACAAUUUACACAACAACCGAAAAUGACAUGCAUGACAUGACUAUCAUAGCUUUUUUUUU